UGUAAAUUUCGUUGGUGGGAAGAGUCGUUGCGAAAAUCAGGAAAAUGUUCCAAAAGCGCUGUAAUAAAUUGGAGUGUAUCAAUUGAACGCUUAGGCCUAGGAAGGUGCAAACAACUGGGGGGUAGCAGAGAUUCAAUUGUGUAUCGCUUAGGGUUAGUCGCCGGAAUUCACCCAAUUGGGUGGGGUCUUUUCAGUAGGACCCCACCAACAAUUUCGCACAGCCAAAAAAGAAAUCAAGCAAAUCCACCCUACCUUCACCUUAACUUGCACGAACCUUUUUCUUACCUCCACUGCGUUCAAUUCCUAUUCAACUUUUCUGCAUCACAGAAAAAAAAGAGACGUCGAGCGCCAAACAAUUCCUAACCGCUCAACGACCUCCAUCGAGGUAUGUUUUAAUAAAUAACUCUGUGCCAUGAGUUAAAUCAAUCCCCCAAUGCGCCCUUCAAGAAGCCGGAGGAGGGCAAUUAAGGACUCUGCCGCCGUCCACUUCGCAUUGCGAUGAACGAGUCGAAUCCUUGAUACGCACCUCCUCUUCAGCAUCGAGCGGGCAGAACCCUCCCCAAAGCGGCACAUUGGGGGAGGGCACUCUCCAUGCUCAUGGCUUUUGAAGGCUAAUAUAACUCUCCGAUAUGUAGAUACCUCAUUUUCUUCUCUGAACAACUUGAGAAUCUCACCCGAACACCGCCAAAAUGGUUAAGACUUCGGUUCUCAACGACGCUCUCAAUGCGAUCAACAACGCCGAGAAGACCGGAAAGCGACAGGUCCUCAUCCGACCUAGCUCUAAGGUCAUCGUCAAGUUCCUCACUGUCAUGCAGCGACACGGCUACAUCGGUGAAUUCGAGGAGGUUGACGACCACCGAUCCGGAAAGAUCGUCGUUCAGCUAAACGGCCGUAUCAACAAGUGCGGUACCAUCUCGCCCCGCUACAACGUCCACCUUGCCCACCUCGAGAAGUGGGUUGUCAAGCUUCUACCUGCUCGUCAGUUCGGUUACAUCAUCCUAACCACCUCUGCCGGUAUUAUGGACCACGAGGAAGCGCGUAGAAAGCACGUCGCGGGCAAGAUCAUCGGUUUCUUCUACUAGAGGGAUGAAUUAAAAAAAAAAGGAGUGAACGAAAAAAGGGAUAUGAACUGAACUGAAUGAAGAGCAUUUUCGGCGUUGGGGAGGAAUGGAUAAUGGCCAAGCUACAUGCUUGAUUUCUUUCAGCCAAAUAAGACCACGAUACCACGAAAUGCUACAUGAGUCCAGUUCGAUGCAAUUAACCUUAUUUGUGUUGCCAAGCCCCCUUUUUUUUAUUUUUUAAAGAGCCAUGUGAAGAUGCCGCCGGUUGUACUCCGGAGAACAAAGGUCCGCGAGUACAUGUGACUAAGCUCAACUAAGCUCGAUUAGGUAAUCCGUCUAGCACAAUAGUCUCAAUCCUUCCGUACGACGGUAACUCCUAAUUGAGCUUAAUCACCUUAAAGUUCUGUCAUCCUAUGAGAUUAU